CAGCGUCGUUUGUUUUUGUUGGGGGUUGUUGGCGCACCCCUUGGUGUCGCACUUAUCAGAUAAUGUAAUUUUGACAACGGAAACGGGUCCAUGCAAUUUUUGUUAAAAAUCGCAAAUAGGGACUCAGCUUUAUCAUCCGGGUGCAGAAUGAAUGGUGAAAAUUGAAAGCUCUUGCAGGAAGUCUUAUUACAAUGGCCAAGAGGAUUCAAAUAAUGAAGAAUGUAUGAUUUCAGUAAAAGAGAGGACCUGGAGCUCCAUUGCAUGCCCUCAAUGGAAGAGGUAAUGCAAUAUGAAGUUCAUGGAAAGCCACAGCCUAUAAGGUUUCGUCGAACAAGCAGAGAGUAUUCCAGGACAUUUUUUGAGAAUUGGCAGAAACCGCUGCCUUUCCAUUCCUUCUUUGAAAAAGAAACAGAUAUGAAUGCUGAUACUACUACUAAUGUGAUAAGAAGAAAGUGUCCACUUGAGCAGGCUGAUGAAGAACAUACAAUCGCUAGUAGUUCCUCUCAUGAAUGCUUGACCCGACCAUGCACAUGCCCAGACCCUGGUAAAUCAAAAGAGAUGUGUGUCAUAAAGAAAGUUGAGAACUGGCUCCUAGGCAGGUGUUCGGAUAUCAAUGAAGAAAUUGUGAAUCUAGAGGACUCAAUGGCACUACCUAAUAUGCCAAAGUGGCCUCAUAAUGUCAACAAAAGACCAGAACUAGAAAAAUAUGCAGUUGCUGCCCUACCGCCAUCUGUACUAUUGCGUGAGAUAGCUGGUGCACUCUUUCCAGUCUACAUUUUGAAUGUUCGUGUGGUUGGUGUUGAGCCUGCUGUAACUGAUUUGUCUCAACUGGUCAGAGGUCACUGUCCUUAUUAUUCCUGCAAUACUGUAGUAAAAAAUAUUGUUUGGACCAAUGCAGGACCUCUUAACUAUGGUAAACUAGCAAGACCUUAUUGCCCAGAAUGUUGUCAGACAAGACGAAGGAGGUAUCUAAAUCUGUACUUUCAUUUAGAACUUCAUGUAGAAGAUAAUUUGGGCCAAAUGACAAAAAUUAUUGUAGAGCGGGACGCAGCUGUUAGGUUUUUUGGUUGUACUGUGUACAGAUUUCUCUUGAACCCUAGAAGACGUCUUAGGAUCAAAAAGCUGCUGGAAACAUUAAUUCGAGUUAGUAGUUCUCCUCGAUCUGCAGCUGUCCCUGGGGUCACUUUUGAUGUUCGGAUCAUCCCUAUUGCAGUGGACCACAAUGAAGAGGUCAAGUUUCACAUGUUUGGAGACAAUUCACCACUAUGUGAGCUUGCCAAAAAAAUGCCUGUUCCUCCACCUUAAAAAUAAAACAACCUUUUUGUCAAGUGAGAAUUUUCCACUUGCCUUGACUAAUUUUUUUGGAGUUACAAACUGUUUUAAAUAAGGUUGAAAGAGGAAACCAAAAUUUUAAAAAAUUACUGAACUGCUUUGCAGCUCUCUUCAACUUUUGGAUGUUGCUUUUAGAAUUGGAUUUACUGUGAUAUUUAUUUAAUGCAACAACCUUAAGCUAAAAAUAUAAAGAGGCCUACAACCUCUAGAUUUAAAUUUUAAAAAUAUUCUUGAAUCUCUUUCCAAGAGUUUGUUAGCUGGAUUGGUUGCAGAAAGUUAGUGAACUUGUUUAUAAGAAACCAAUGGCCUAGUAAAUACAGUAUCCAUCAAUCAUAGGGUAAUCUUCAUUGUAAAUGUGUAGGCUGCAGUUAAUAGUCAACUAAACAUUGUCUUUGGUUGUCACUUGGUGACGCCCCUUUUUUCAGUUGUAUGUAAAAUUGUCUAUUACCGUGUGAAAGAUUUUCUACUCAUUAAUUAUUAUCCAUUAAAUUAAAUGAUCUCUUUUGCACUAUGGUUGUGAUGACUGGAAAGUAAGUACAGUAGUAAGCCUUAAUCUAAUCUAUAAGAGUUGAUGGAAACUGUUCCAGGGGUUAUCAUAUGAUUUCCAAUUAAAGGGCAAUGUUAGGGGUGUCAUGUUAAUAAACACCAUUAUUUAAAAAUUUCUCUAAAUAUGUGUAUUGAAAAAAUUAACUGUUUCCAAGUUAAUUUACAGCAUUCAAAUAUCAGUUCUCUGUUGUAUGAUCUUCAGUCCCUAUAAACUGUUCCGUCACUUUUAAGACUUUAAAGGUAAACCUAUCUAGUAGAUUCUUCCUGAUUUUGUGAUACUUGGUUAAGCUGCAGUGGCUUGUAACAAGAUUUUUUUUCUGUGUGUUCUUUGAACAUGCUUCGCAAAAAAUUGAUCUUCCAGAUUGGUCAUUUUGAUCUCUUAGGGUUAUUGCUAUAGUUUUAAUUUUACAUCUUGUUUGCUGUAUUUCUCUAGUUGCUCUCUUUGUUAAAAAUGUUAUCAAAUUAGGGCAUGAUUUCUUUAUAAGCAAAAGAAAUCUAAUUGUAAAAAGAUGAAUUACUUGAAAAUUGUGUACAGAAAAUUCAUAUAAAGUUGAUUUAAUUUGUUGAUUUUAAUGAAGCUGUAAAGUGCACAGAAAACAUCAAUAAAGAGCCAAGUGCAAAUUA